UUGCCCGCCCUCCGAAAACACUGCUCCAAACUUUUGCAUUUUUAUGCUGAAACUGAAAGCCAUGCGCGGGAGAUAUCGUUGGAGGCAGUUACAUUCCAUCAAAGAACUACGAACGAACCCAAAUUCAUAUCCAUCGAAGAAGACAUUAACUCAGAGAAGACACAAUGACAAACCCCGACCAGUUGGUGACUCCGACAUAAAGCAAUGGAACAUGGCCAUAUCUUACUACAUGCGCAAUUCCCAGCUGGACUCAGCUCUUCAUUUCUUUAACUUGAUGCCACGCCGGAGCUCCGUUUCUUACAAUGCAAUGAUAUCUGGGUACUUGAUGAACGGUCGGUUUGAUCUCGCGAGGAACUUGUUCGAUGAAAUGCCUGAAAGAGACUUGGUUUCUUGGAAUGUUAUGAUUAGUGGGUGUGUAAGGAACAAUAACGUUGCUGCUGCGAGGGAAUUAUUUGAGGAAAUGCCUGAAAGGGAUGUUGUUUCGUGGAAUGCGAUGUUGUCUGGGUAUGCACAGAAUGGUUGCAUUGAUGAGGCAAGGAAAAUUUUUGAUAGAAUGCCUUGUAAGAAUUCGAUAUCGUGGAAUGCUCUGCUUGCAACUUAUGUACAGAAUGGGAGGAUGGAAGAAGCUUGUAGGUUGUUUGAAUCGAAAUUGGAUUGGGAUUUGGUUUCUUGGAAUUGUUUGAUGGGUGGGUUUGUGAAAAAGAAGAUGUUGGUUGAUGCUAGAAGGGUUUUUGAUAGAAUUCCUUUCAGAGAUAAAAUCUCUUGGAAUACUAUCAUUACUGGUUAUGCACAAAAUGGUGAGAUUGAAGAAGCUAGGAGAUUGUUUAAUGAGUCUCCGGUUCGAGAUGUAUUUACAUGGACAGCGAUGGUGUCUGGUUUUGUGCAGAAUGGACUGGUUGAUGAAGCUAGGGAAACUUUUGAACAAAUGCCACAAAAGAAUGCUGUUUCAUGGAAUGCAAUGAUUGCAGGGUAUGUACAAUGUAAGAGAAUGGACAUGGCUAGGAAAUUGUUUGACAAAAUGCCAUUUCGAGAUGUCACUACUUGGAAUACAAUGAUCACAGGGUAUGCUCAGAGUGGUGAGAUAGCUCAUGCUAGGGACUUUUUUGAUCGAAUGCCUCGACAUGAUCCUGUUUCUUGGGCAGCAAUGAUUGCUGGGUAUGCUCAAAGUGGUUAUAGUGAAGAGGCUUUACGCCUUUUCGUCGACAUGAAACGAGAUGGAGAAAGGUUGAAUAGGUCAUCAUUUGCAUGUGCCUUGAGCACAUGUGCUCAUAUUGCUGCUUUAGAAUUGGGGAUGCAGUUGCACGGGCGGCUGGUUAAGGCAGGAUAUGAAAGUGGGUCCUUUGUUGGAAAUGCCCUGCUUUUAAUGUACUGCAAGUGUGGAGGCAUAGAAGAAGCUUGUAGUGCAUUUGAAGAGAUAAUGGAGAAGGACAUUGUCUCAUGGAAUACAAUGAUUGCUGGUUAUGCAAGACAUGGAUUUGGUAAAGAGGCCCUAAAGAUUUUCGAGUCAAUGAAGGCAGCUGGUGUCAAACCAAAUGAUACCACUAUGGUCGGAGUACUGUCAGCUUGUAGUCAUGCUGGCUUAGUGGAUAGGGGCAUGGAAUAUUUCUACUCGAUGAACCAAGAUUAUGGUAUAACAGCAAAUUCACGACACUAUACUUGCAUGGUUGAUCUUCUUGGCCGAGCUGGUCGAUUGGACGAGGCCCAGAAGUUGAUCAGAAACAUGCCCUUUGAACCAGAUGCAGCAACAUGGGGGGCUUUACUUGGUGCAAGCAGAAUUCAUGGCAAUACCAAAUUAGCUGAAAUGGCUGCCGAGUUGAUUUUCGAAAUGGAACCUGAGAAUGCAGGAAUGUAUGUUCUUCUCUCAAAUUUAUAUGCAGCUUCUGGUAGAUGGGCUGAUGUUAGUAAGAUGAGAUUGAAAAUGAGGGAUACUGGCGUGAAGAAAGUACCGGGGUGUAGUUGGCUUGAGGUCCAGAACAAGAUCCAUACAUUUUCCGUUGGAGACUCAUGCCACCCAGAUAGGGAUAAAAUCUAUGCUUAUUUAGAAGAAUUAGAUCUUAAAAUGAAGCGUGAGGGCUAUGUGUCCUCUAUAAAAUUGAUAUUACAUGAUGUAGAUGAGGAAGAGAAGGAACACAUGCUCAAGUAUCACAGUGAAAAAUUGGCUGUGGCUUAUGGUAUUCUAUCUAUUCCUGCUGGUAGACCAAUUCGUGUGAUGAAAAACUUGCGUGUUUGCGAAGACUGUCACAAUGCCAUCAAAUACAUAUCAAAAAUUGUUGGCCGGUUGAUUAUCUUAAGGGAUUCUAACCGCUUUCACCAUUUCAGGGAAGGUUCAUGUUCUUGUGGGGAUUACUGGUAAGAAUGUAUCAGAAGCUGUUUAAAGUGGAAUGGCAAAGGAUUGAUAGAUUUGCAUGCCUUUAAUCCUUAAUUUUUUUAGAUAUACAUUUUCGGAAUCUUAUUAGAUGCUUCCGAGUUAGCAAAAGCCUAAGGUAAGCAGUGUGCUGCAUGUGGAAAGAGCCUACUUCCUUGAAGCCUUCAUCCUACAAGUGUAGUAACUUUAAGAUAAUUAUUACAUUUUUGUUGAAUUUUAUGGUUGAUUCUUUGGACUAAAGCUGGUCCAUGAUCAAUAAUGCGAAAUAAAUUGAACUUCUAGAAUAUGGGGAGGUGGGGGUGAGGCUUUCCUUUGCCAUGGUACUAUGAAGUAAUGCAUUUGAUCUGUGUAUACAUUGGGGAAAUGCCUCUCUAAUGUACUUGGCAUAUGGGACAACGAGGAGCAGACAUCAGCUUCUAACUUGCUUUAAAUCUAAAUUAACUUGGGAACCAAUUUACAACGGAAUGGAGAGAAAAUGGUUGAAUUGAAUGGUUAUCCUUUGCUUUUUUGCUGCAAAAAGAAACUUUUCACAGGCAGGCCUUCACCAUGCAGGUUGCAAUCAGACAUUAUCUGUCUAUGUUUCUCGAUCUUAUAUGUUGGAGUUGUGUGAAGAAGCAAUGGCGAGUCUAGCAAGGGGAAGAUAUAAUAAACAAAUGCAAACUGAUCGGGUCAGUCAACAAGCAUGGAUUAGAGUAAGCAAAAGAUUAUUCAUGAUAGAUUAAACAGGUUCUGUGGUAAAUGCUUGUCUAUUUCCUUUAAUAUAAUUUAAAGGCUCGUGAUGAGCAACACAAUUAGAUAGGGAAGAAUGUCACACUGAGAGCUCUAAAGAAGUGCAUUAAUCUUGCAUCAAAAAAGAAAAUGUCUCUGAAUAUGUAAACAAACGCACUACAUAUCUUUUACCAUACAUAUACUUUGGGAAGAGUAAUCGACAAACCUUUCGAUCA